AUGAUAGCUCCAAAAGAUAUAGUUUUUGAUACAGAAACAAUGUGGAUCCAGCUUCAUAAUAUCCCUCUGGGGGGAAUGACUAGAACUGUUGGUGUAAAGAUAGGGAGCAGUGUGGGAGAAGUAUUGGAAGUGGAUGUGGAUGAGGAAGAGAUUGGAUGGGGUCCUUGCCUACAUGUUCAGAUCAAAGUUAACAUCACAAAACCUCUCAUGAGAGGUAUUAUCAGUUCCUUCAAUGGGAGCAAGGUCUGGGUUGCCUUUCAAUAUGAAAGGGUUCCAAACUACUGCUUUUGCUGUGGUACUAUCAAACAUGAGCCAGCUGGUUUCCUUGAACCUGUAGCAGUUAGGUCGAUGAAUUGGAUGAAUGAAACUCAAUAUGGUGUCUGGCUUCGUGCAUCAAACUAG